UGUAGGUCACAGUUUUGCUGCCCGGAGGACAGAACAUGAAUACUGCCAAUCUGCAUGUUCUCAGUAAUGUAGCAGAGGCUCCGCAAGCUAUCCUGGAGCCAGUUUCCCAGGAGCAGUUGUCUGCAUCCAAUUCGCUCACCUCCAUGGCAGACAUAGCAGAUCCCCCCACCAGUCCCCUCGGGGCCACAGACUCCACAGAUGAUUCUGAUGAAGAUGAGGAUGAAGACUCUGACAUGGAUGACUGGGAGCCUUGUCAGCCUCAAGCAUUCAACCCUCACAGCCUCUGGUGUGAGGAGUGCAACUGCGCCAACCCCUCUGUGUGUCUGAAGCACGGCGCUCUGCACCCCAUCCCCAACCGGCCGGUGAUGUCCAAGGCCCGGGCCAGUCUGCCCCUGGUGCUCUACAUCGAUCGCUUUCUGGGUGGGGUGUUCUCCAAGAGACGCAUCCCAAAGCGCACACAGUUUGGUCCUGUGGAGGGGCCCCUGGUUCCUCAGAGUCAACUGCAGGACCACUACAUUCAUCUGAAACUGUACAUGCUGGAUGCAGAGAAAGAUGGAGAGAAGCUGGAUGACAUGUGGUUGGACCUUUCUGAUGAGGACAGCUGUAACUGGAUGAUGUUUGUGAGACCAGCUCAGAAUCACCUGGAGCAAAACCUGGUGGCCUACCAGUAUGGCUCCGAGAUAUUUUACACAACCAUCAAGAACAUCCAACCCAAACAAGAGCUGAAGGUGUGGUAUGCAGCAUCAUAUGCGGAAUUUGUCAGUCAAAAGAUUCAUGAUGUUACAGAAGAAGAGAGAAAAGUGCUGCGGGAACAAGAGAAGAACUGGCCUUGCUACGAGUGUAACCGUCGCUUCAUGAGCUCUGAACAACUGCAGCAGCAUCUCAACAUGCAUGAUGACAAGAUAAACUCUUUUAACAGAUCUAAAGGCCGGGGUCGAGGAAGGGGCAGGAAGAGGUUUGGGACAGGCAGAAGACCAGGACGCCCCCCUAAAUUUAUACGUUUGGAUCCACCAGUAGACACCGGUGUGGACAAGACCACAGAGAUGCUGGAACUGACGGAGAAGCAGCCACUGGAGGAGCGAGUGGAUGGAGCUCAGAACGGGCUGAAGGCGUUAGAGCUGGAGCCAGAGGCAGAAACUCGGACUGAGGUGGAGGCUCCACUUAUACUUCCUGAACAGGAACCGGCCCCAGAGUCCGUCACUCCACCCUCCAACACGGACCUGCUCGCUCCACUCAAAGAGGACCCGGCCCAGAGCUGCCAGUCAGACACCCACCUCACAACUCAGGACAUGCGCCGUGUGAAGAGGAUACGGAUGGAUGUGCAGAAUGCAGCAUUGCAGCACCUUUUUAUCAGGAAGAGUUUUCGUCCUUUUAAGUGCACUCACUGUGGCAAGGCCUUCCGGGACAAAGACAAGCUGGAUCAACAUCUGCGGAUCCACGGCCGGGACACCUACGCCUUUUCUUGCCACAUUUGCAGCAAGAGCUUCAUGAGUGACUCAGCCCUGGAGGACCAUCUGCUGGUGCACUCUGAGAGCCGCUCCUAUUCUUGUCUCUUAUGUCCGCAAACCUUUGAAAGGCUGGAUCUGCUCAAAGACCAUGUAGUGGUGCAUGCUGUGGAUGGCUGUUUUACCUGUCCCUCCUGCAAGAAGAGGUUUACUGACUUCAUCCAGAUGAAGAAGCAUAUCCGCUGCUUCCAUUCAGAGAAGAUCUUCCAGUGUACAGACUGUGAAAAGGCCUUCUGCCGACCGGACAAGCUACGUUUGCACAUGUUGCGCCACUCGGACCGCAAGGAUUUCCUGUGCUCAACAUGUGGCAAACAAUUCAAGAGAAAAGAUAAGCUGCGGGAACACAUGCAGCGCAUGCACAAUCCCGACAGAGAGGCCAAGAAGGCGGACAAGACUCACCGUUCCAAAUCCCUCAAACUGAAGGUGCCCACCGCUGACUUCGAGAGCUUCAUGUUCAAGUGCAGACUAUGUAUGAUGGGAUUCAGACGCAGAGGAAUGCUGGUGAAUCAUUUGUCCAAACGUCAUCCAGAGAUGCGUAUCGAUGACGUGCCUGAGCUGACAUUGCCAAUUAUCAAGCCCAGCAGGGACUACUUCUGCCAGUACUGUGAUAAGGUGUACAAGAGUGCCAGUAAGAGGAAAGCCCAUAUACUGAAGAACCACCCUGGGGCAGAAUUGCCUCCCAGUAUCCGUAAGUUGCGGCCGGCUGCUCCUGGUGAACCAGACCCCAUGCUGAGCACACACACCCAGCUGACUGGGACCAUCGCCACUGCGCCGGUCUGCUGCCCACACUGCGCCAAACAGUACAGCAGCAAGACUAAGAUGGUUCAGCACAUCAGGAAGAAGCAUCCAGAGUUUGCCCAACUCACCAACACCAUCCCGGCUCCUCUGACCACAGCUGUAAUCAGCAGUGCUCCUGCAGUCAUCAGUGCAGAUGGUACCACAGCUGAGGCUGUUGUGACCACAGAUCUGCUCACCCAGGCCAUGACGGAGCUUUCUCAAACACUGACCACAGACUACCGAACACCGCAGGGAGAUUUCCAGAGGAUCCAGUACAUCCCAGUCUCUCAGGCAGGAGGCAGCCUGUCCCAGCCGCAGCACAUUCAGCUGCAGGUGGUGCAGGUGGCUCCGGCUUCCUCCCCACACUCCCAGCACCCAACAGUAGAUGUGAGCCAGCUGCAUGACCCUCAUGGCUACAGCCAGCACUCCAUCCAGGUACAACACAUCCAGGUGACCGAACCGUCAGGCACUGGACAAGGUACCACCCAGGUUACUGGUCAGCCUCUUAGCCCUACCUCCCAGCAGGCUGGUCAGGACCUGAGCCCCGCCCAGCUGACCCCUGUGACCUUGGCUCAGAGUCACACCCUGCAGACCAGCAGCACCCAGCAGCAGGGGACUGUGCAACAUGCUUACAUACCCGGGAACUGGAACUACCGAGGCUACUCAUCUGAGAUCCAGAUGAUGACUCUACCUCACACACAGUAUGUGAUAACUGAGUCCAGCACACCUGUAUCUGGAGUCAACAGCAACCAGGUAAAAACGGCUCACUUUAUUAUCGCUGAUGGUCAGACUGAGCUGGAGACUAAACAGACGGUUCCUCAGAGCUCGAGCCAGGCUCACAGUGAACAUAUGGAGCAACAACCAGCCAGUCAGCAAGCCACCACUCAGUACAUCAUCACCACAGCCACCAAUGGCAGCGGCACCAAUGAGGUUCACAUAACUAAACCCUGAGCUCAGCGAUGAGCUGAGCAGUUCCACAGACUGAUUGUGCAUGUAGACCUCAUCACCUUGUGAAUGACCCGAUACACUGUCAGAUGCAGGUAGAUACAGACUUGUGUGCAUUUAGAGCUAAAAUGGGGACGAACAGAUAACCAGCACAGUUUUAUGUCUUUAAGUUAAGAUAAUAUAUAAACAAAAGCGUGUUUUGAAUACCCAGCACUGGGCUUCUGCAGUUUGGCAAAAGCAUUUUCAGUUGGGCUGCUAAAACCGAAGAAAAUGUCAAAUACAGGGUUCCUGUGUAAGUUUGCAAAGUGUGUUAAAUUAAAGUGAUUCUUUUAUGGCCCGGAGAAGGUGGAACAGUUUUGUUUCUCAGUCCAUGUGCAGUACCCAUUUUCCAUACAUGUGAAGUCAGACAUUUCUUGAAGCAUAGUGUUUAUAAAUGAAAUUCUGGGAAGAAAUGCUGAAAGAUAUGGAAAAUCCUGCAUAAAACAACACUGAAAACAGUUAAUUAUGUGUUUGUCCAGUGUGAGUACUCCACAACCCCUCUGUCGUAUGUGACCAUGCUGUUGUUGAUAUCUCGUGAUUCAUUUCCUCUUUGAAAUGUCUCCGUCUGGUUUUACUUCAUGCUGGACUGCCCUGAUCUCCCAAUACUCAAAAUGAGUUAUUUUAUGUUUUUCUUUGUCACAACUACAAGGCCUGUGCCUCUAUAGUAAAAUGGAGAAUAGCAAACAACCUGUUCCACUCCUCCAAGCCUUGUUGAAUGCUACCAAGCUGCUUUUGGUGUCAGCUAUGGAUGUUUGGUUUUACAAGGAUUGUGCAGAGUUCUUACACAUACAGUUUACCUCAAACUAGACAGUUUUGAUUUUGACAUAUCUGAAAGGUACAGUAAUGAAUGACACCAGGAAACUAGACUUAAAGAGUAACUUGGCACCAGGUGGAAAAUCAGUGUUGCACUGCCCUCUUUGGUGCAAAGUCUGUUUCACCUCUGACGUUAGUUGUAGUUGGUAAGAAAUCGUUACACCAGUGACCACACCCACCAGUGAUGUGGCAUCCUGGAGUACACCUGUACGUCCCUGCACCAAGGUGAGAAGUUAAACCACUGGAGUGUAAGAAAAAAAACAACCUUUUCGCGAGCUACGUUACUCUUUAAAAAGGAGAACACACAUUUUCUAUUUGAAUUUAUUCAGUUUAUUUCACAGAGACUCGUCAGUCUGAGGAGAAAAAUGUUCAGUUCUCAAUUAUUUAUAUUAAGGUUAGUUUUGAAAGCAGAGUAGCACAGCAGCCCCAUGGAUAGCGCCUCUCUUGGUGCAGACAGCUUAACACAUUGUUUUUCCAAGCUUGUAGCUAAAACCAUCACAUCUUUCCCUCAGUUAAACACAAUUCUGAAGACGCUAAACUAAAGUUCACAACAUCUUUUUCUAUGAAAUGUUACCAGCGAAAUAUUUUGAGACAAUAUCACCGGUUUGCAACUGAACAGCUUAGGAACUUAAAGGUAUAUUCCACUAUUAAUUUGUGUAUUAACCUACAAAGACAGUGCAAGUAUUUGAGCUGGGGGUGGUAUCUAAAUGGCAGCAUACUAUUUUAAGGUUAAGACAAGCCAUGGAUGUCAUCACACAUGUCUAUCUAUGUUGUCUUAAAGAGAGAAUGUGAUUCAGCUGGAAAAGUUCAAACCUUGUGAUAGCACUCACCCGUCCUACUGAAGUGUCCACGUGCAAGGCAUGUCUGGUGCUGGUGUUACGGUACAGAAUGUGAUAUUUUCAUUAAGCAGUUGUACAGUAGGUUCACUAUGAUGACAGUGUAGGUUAAUGCACUAAAAUAAAGUAAAAUGCUGUUAAUGUGCCCACUAUUUAUAUAACAAUAGACUUGUACAAUGUAAAAUAUAGCAGGAAUAUUAUGAGCUCAUGUACAGCCAUGAUUGUUGCUGGUGAUUUUGUCCUUUGGUCACAUGU